UAAUAAUCACCAAAGUUGGCACAAUGCACGGGUUAUUCGAAGGAAGGGUCGAGAUAAUGCGAUGACAUAUAUUCCCCAACCGCCAUAUCCUCUGUAUAGACCCCAAACCAGUGUCAUCGUCGUUCCCAUAGUUCCAGUUUCUUGAAAAACACUGAUUUUCUGCCUAUUCUUCCCUUCAAACACAUAAUAAUCAUGUCUUGCUUCAAGGGAAAAUACGCUGAUGAACUUAUUGCCAAUGCUGCAUACAUUGGUACCCCCGGGAAGGGUAUUCUUGCUGCUGAUGAGUCUACCGGCACAAUUGGCAAGCGUCUAGCCAGCGUCAAUGUUGAGAAUGUCGAGACAAACAGGAGGGCUCUUCGUGAACUUCUAUUUACAACUCCAGGUGCCCUUCAAUACCUCAGUGGAGUUAUCCUCUUUGAGGAAACUCUCUAUCAGAAGACUGCUACAGGUAAACCCUUUGUCGAUGUCUUGAAAGAGGGUGGUGUUCUCCCCGGAAUUAAGGUUGACAAGGGUACCGUUGAGCUUGCUGGUACUAAUGGUGAGACCACCACUCAAGGUCUAGAUGGCCUUGCCCAGCGCUGCCAGCAAUAUUAUGCUGCAGGUGCCCGGUUUGCUAAAUGGAGAGCUGUGCUCAAGAUUGGUCCCAAUGAACCAUCACAGCUAGCUAUCAAUGAAAAUGCUAAUGGUCUAGCCCGUUAUGCCAUCAUCUGCCAGGAGAAUGGUCUGGUACCUAUUGUUGAGCCUGAAAUCCUCAUUGAUGGACCCCAUGACAUCAACAAAUCUGCUGAUGUAACUGAGCGCGUUCUUGCUGCCGUCUACAAGGCA